AUGAAGAACGUUUUCGCUACUAUCAUCCUCGCCGCCCUCCCGGCUUGGGCGGCAAAGUUCACCAACACUAACUUUGACGGUAUCACCGUCGGCAAGCCCUUCGAGAUCACCUGGUCUGACGCUUCUGGCGCUGUCACUCUGACCCUGAAGAACGGCUCUUCCGACAACCUCCAGACCGUUGGCGAGAUCACUUCUGGCCAAACUGGCGAGAGUUACACCUGGACUCCCUCCACUACCUUGGCUUCCGGUACCUACGCCUUGGAGAUCAACGAUGGCACCGAGGUGAACUACAGCAAGCAGUUCGACAUUUCUGGUGGCACCAGCGCCAGCAGCAGCAGCAGCUCUGCUAGCAGCACAUCCUCCGUGACCAGCACCAGCUCAUCCACUGUUUCCUCGUCUAGCACCGUCUCCAGCACCCUCUCUACCAGCACCACUAGCAGCGCUUCUGCUUCUUCUACUAGCAGCUCUGCUUCCUCAUCCACCACCAGCGGUUCCAGCACCUCGUCUAGCGCCACGUCUGCUAGUUCCACCUCUUCCGCGUCUCAGACUUCUGCAGCUGCUUCCACCUCGGCUUCCGUCGUGCCCAACACGAAUGCCGCUCAGACGGUGGCUCCGUUUGUGGCCCCGAUGCUGCUUGCCGUCGGCGCCGUCUUCAUGUAAACACAUGAUAUACGAUGCGCACUAACUAUUCUUCUACCGAAGCAGCACGAUCUUUCGUCGUUAGAGGGAGGGGUAGGGGUUUUUUCAUUGUAUAAAAUAUGCUUCUCGCACCGUUUG